AUGUUCAACCGUUUGCUGAGGGCCUUCAGCCCACGCAACAAGAAGUCAAAGAGCCAACCUCUACUUCGGUUCGCCGUGCGGAAAAGCCAUGAAGACAACCGUACCGCCAGGAAUCGGCUAAGAAAGCGACAAGGGCCGGCACCUACCCCGGCCCCAAGCCCUGCACUCGAAAGAAGCCAAGAUGACAGCAUUCUCGCCAGCUAUCAAACCAGACCUUGGCCUUCAGUCGACAUCGACCGCCAUGGCGAGGAGCGUUACCCCAGGAGAGACAGCCCACUAGUCGACGCCCUCAGAGGACGGUCGAAAUUCUCUCCGCCUCCCAGGACACGAGCACCGACGCCUUACCCGAGUGCUUCAAAGUCACAAAAUCUGAAGAGGGAGAAGACGGUACGCUGGGGAUCACCUCUCGAAACCCGCCUCGGAACACCGGCUGAAGAGGAGGGAAAGACAAAGACAGAGAGGGACGACUUGACCACUCCAACAAAAGAGCCGGCCACCCGGACAACUCCAAGCAAUGGGGAUGCGCCGAACGGUCAUUCAGCCAUGAAAGAGGAGGAUGUGAGAGUAUCAGCCAACGAAGCCCGACCGUUGCAACCAUUGCGCCGAAACAGGCGCUCAAGCAUCCCGAGACCAAAGCGUCAAGUCUCGACCCAGGACUCAUCAAAGCCCACUGCUUUUGUUGCCGACAUGCAAGAGCGUCCAUUCAGUUCCUUAAUACCACAGGCCAUGCCGGCGCCCUUGCGCAUCCCGACCAAGCGCCAUAGCCUGGCUCAGUCCAUGGCCUCAUCGGCUACUGUUCCCGUCAUCGCUGCAAAGCCUAAAGACAAGUCUUCCACCACAGAUUCCUCCAGGAAGAAGAGGUCGACGACCACAGCACCCAACUACAGCCGUCCGACUAGAUCAUCUCGGGAUUAUUCCUUCGAGAAUAAGCCCGAGGUGCUCGCCAUCAGCUCUCGUUCUUCCCACCAACGCGACAUUUGCGAGCCAAGACGUCCUGAUUUUGCCAAUGCCGUAAGGACCCAGACUGCCACCGUUGCAUUGGCAAAGUCUUGCACAACUCUGCCAUCCGAAGAAGCCGAAGAUCUGUGGAAUGAGGUUGGUAGCAUGGGCAAUGGCAACAGUGAUGCUCCCAAAUCCAUGCCCAAAUCAAGUACUACUCCGGUUAUGAAGACUUACCAGCAUGAUGUCCCAUCUAAGCCUCCAGCGUCCGCAAUCCCAGUGUCGCCUUCCAGAUCGUCAUUCCAGGCGGUCAAGAGCUUUUGGGACGAGCUUAGCACCACUAGCAGUUGCCAUGCUGUUGUAUCGGGUUCCGGCGGUGGAUCUCCAGUUGUUCUUGGUACUUGUAAGACUUCGAAGGUCGCGGAGUUGUCGACGUACACUGUAAACAGUCAGCCCAAGGGACUUGUUGUAGAUGUUGGCGGUAGUCGUGGUGUUGCUGGUGCUCCUCCAACCGGCCGUUCUAGAACUCUUGUUGUUCCCGAUCACCGUUUCUCCAGGAUUACCAAGCCCAGCUCAGCAACCGUCGCUUCCUGCAAGACAGAGAGUGAUCUCUCCAAGGCCUCUUCCAGUUCCGGGGCAUCGUACCACACAGCCAAAACCCAUCUUACUCCCAGCAACGCCGGCAGUUUGGCCCCCAGCGCUACCGGUUCCGUCGCCACUUCCAGCUCGAGGCAAGCUCAGUACACUCCUUCGAUCCAGUCCCAGUUAUGGAACGACCUCAUGGAGUUCUGCACCCCAAACCGAGAUCACAAGUCAAAGUCGUCUUUCUCUGCGCCAUACUGCGCUUGCGACGACUGCCUCUGGCGAAACGAGAGCGAGAUUGAUUUGUCCAGCAACGUUGCUCGUAUUGGCAGAUGCUAG